AUGGACCUAUCGUACCUGCACCAAAAAUCAGAGCCUGCAACUCUAGACUGCACCUUUGCCAGUCGCAAUUAUUUCUCUACAAACCAAGAAUUGGACUCUCUGAACCAAGAACUGAACCUGAACUCCCUGAUCGAAGAUCUUUGCCUCUCGGUUCCAGAGGUCACAACAGAGACCUCUGUGUGCACUUAUGAAUCCCACCCAACUUCAGAACCAGAUCUUACAGAGGCUGAGCAAAUGGAGCUCAAAUCGGAGCACACUAAAUUGGAAGCAGAAAUCUUAACCCUCCGCAAUGUGCUGGCAGCUAAAGAGAAACGGUGUGGAGAGCUAAAGAAAAGGUUGGACCACACGGCCUGGGGGGGACUAAGGCAAAAUAUGUCCAGGAGCUACAAUGUUCAACUCUCCAAUGCCUACGUGAAGGAGAAGACAUCAACUGCCCUGACCACCAUGGGCUCUGCCAUCUGCAGGAAGCUUGAAGACAUGAGGAAGUCAUCCACCUUCAGAUCUUUUGAAGAACUAAUAAGGACAAUCAAGUCAGGAGUUUCAGGUGGCAGAGAGCUUGGCAGUGACAUUCCUCCUUCACCAGGGAGUGGCACUGAUUCACACUCGAGUCCAGGGAGUGGGAAUGAUACUGCUUCAGGGGUUGGAGACCAACUGCUUCCUGUCCUAGAGCCAGAGGAAAUCCUUUGUUAA